GAUAACAAUUCGCCACAAAAUGCACAACUGUUGCUCCGAACUCAGUAUCAUUCAGUUCGCUCAAGAUGACAGCCUCAACAGUCCCUCUGCUGCUGCUGGCGAUUCUUGUUGGUGCAGCUUCUGGAAGGGAUGUCAUUACCUCGUGCAACGAAACCUCGAGUUCCAGUCAGGUUUUGCUGCGGAUUGAUGGUUUGGGAACGUUUGAAGCCGUUUGCGUGCAGCGCCAUCGACUGUUUGGCGAUGGCUGGCUGGUGAUUCAGCAACGAGUUGAUCAAAGUGAAGAUUUCUACCGAAACUGGGCCCACUACCGGGCGGGAUUUGGCCGGUUGGACAAGAACUUCUGGAUGGGACUUGAGCGGGUUCACCGGUUGACUUCGGCGGAUCCUCACGAGCUGGCGGUGGAGAUUGACGUGUUUGGCGAGUACAAAUAUGCAAGGUAUUCUAGCUUUGCUGUUGGAAGUGAGGCGGAAAAGUACGUUCUGAAGGAGGUUGGAAACUAUAGUGGAACUGCGAAGGAUGCACUGACGGUACAGAGAGGACGGGCAUUCUCCACGUUUGAUGAAGAUAACGAUCUUGAUGAAAAUAAAAACUGUGCCAUCCGGAUGGCGGGAGGGUGGUGGUUUGUCAACUCCUGUUCCGGAUGUAGUCUGAACAGCAACUACGAUGGAAGUGCACCGAGAAUGCAAUGGAUUUAUGGACAAAUAACGUACUCUAGAAUGAUGAUUAGAAAGACAUUAUUGUAGUUUAAUUUUGAAGAGAUUCCAAAUAAGAAUCAUAAAGUAAUCCAAUACAUGAAGAAUUACUCUCAUAACUAAAAAGACUCCACAUCUUGGAUGAAACCCAUCCGAAAUGAUACACUUAUAAAUAAACUCUGUCCGACCAUCACUU